CGCCCUCCGCCCAGGUGGCCCGGCCGUGCCUUUCCCGUGGCCCCGGGGCUGUAGACCUGCGUUCGUGCCACUCGCACCGCCGCGUGGAGUUCCGCACACGGCUGGGGUUUCUCUUCACCUCAUGACGUCGAUCGCGCCUGCACCGGAGCUUCCGGGGCACAGGAAUUCGUGGGUGUCUGUGGUGUGUUCCACGCCUCUCAGCGUAUUCAAGUCUAGCUUGACCAUCAAAAUAGUUCCUGAGGCUUCGAGGAGAAGGCAGGGCCUGUGUUUAGAAGCCAUUGGUGGAGUUGGCAAAUCCAUUCAGGACAAAAGCCAGGAUGGAUGAUCAAACAUGGUAUUUGAGAACAUCAAAGCUGGCUCUGGCCUUGGCAAUUAUCCGCUCAACACCAGCAGACACAAGCAGCAGAGAAUACACAGAGCACCUUGCGAAGGUGGUGUCUGAGCAGGAGUCAACGUGGAGAUCAAAAGUCCAGGUCUUGGAAGCUGAAGUUCUGCAAUUACGCCACAAACUUCUUCUAAGCAGAAUGUGUGCAGAAGUGUUUAAGAGUGGAGACCCAACUUCCCAGUUGCAGGCUCAGGAACCUGGAAGUUCUGAAAAUACAUUAAGUCAGCUGGAAGAUUCUGGGUGUGAUUUAUCAAAUGAGGAGAGAAGUGAACCUUCAGAGAUGCCCCAGCAUUUUGUGGAGAGCUGCACCCCCACACCCUUUCUGCCCCUGCCCAUUGUGAAAAGACAUGGUGCCACUGUGGAAAAUCCUCUGUUUUCCCACAUGCAAUUCUUGCAACGUCUACUUGAACUGAAGAACUUGACAGAAUCAGGGAGUCUGAAAACAGACUUAAGCCACUUUGAAAAUGACUUUUCCACAGUAUCUGAUUCUGUUUUUCAGUUGCUGGAUGGCCUGAUCACUUUUUACCGUAAACCCAAAUUUCCUUUUUCAAGCUUUUGGGCAGAUGCUGUUGAUACUUUAGCUGGAUUGAUCAGUGAUUGUCACUUAUCUAAUCAUAUUCUUAAAAAGUGUUCCAAGAAGUUAGAAGAAUUUGAGAAAACCCUACUACAGGUUAUUUUAAGGAGCAACCAUUUAAAUCGGUUUCAGGUGCAGCAUUUUGUGUCUCAGAGUCUGGUAACCCUGGGAAGUUGCAGCUUGUUGAGAAAAUCUAUAAUAUCUCUGCUUUUAUCAGAAGUAAACAGCUUCACUGAUGUUCUGGCUACCAUCAAUCAGGUGCAAGCCAGUUAUGUGACACGCUAUGAAAAUAUUUUCUCCCUCUUCUGGGUUCUGGAGCAGCUUCUUCAAAAGGAAACCAAAGAAGGCAACACUUCAAGUGUAGUGCAUGAUGACCAAGAAAUCAAGAAAUUUCUUCAAAAGCAUGAUGAAAAUAUUUCCCAACUCUCUGAUGCAUUUCCUUUAUUUACUCUUUAUUUAUGGAGACUGGGCAUUCUCUUGAACUCGUUAGAAACGGUUGAAAGUAAAUCACUUCCUUAGCAAUUUACUAAAUGUCAGAAGCAUACUGAAGUAUGAAGAUCUUCUGCUUAAAAGAUUUUCAAAAUUUUUAAAUGAGUGUUUAGGGACACCUGGGUGACUCAGUGGUUGAGCAUCUGCAUUUGGCUCAGGGCGUGAUCCCAGAGUCCUUGGGAUUAAGUCCCUCAUCAGGCUCCCUGCAGGGAGCCUGCUUCUCCCUCUGUCUAUAUCUCUGCCUCUCUCUGUCUCUCAUGAAUAAAUUAAAAAAUCUUUUUAAAAAAAUGAGUGUUUUAAAUGGAUUUCUUAAUAUAAUCAUUAAUUCAGUAGUUUUAAAUUGUAUAUAAAAGAUUAUGAGUCAUAUUUCUAUACUAAAAUCAGCCAGUUUCAGUUGAGAAUGUCCUUAUUUCCAUGUAACUGUUUUUUACCAUAGUUACUCAAUAUAGUCUAGUUCUAUUCUCUAUAAUGGACCAUUAAUUGUCUAUCUCAUAAACAAUAUUUACAUUUUAAAAGAUUUAUACAUAAUAGAUACUAAAAGGCAAUGGAAGAGAUCUUAAAAGUUUUGUUGUUCAUCAACACAGUCUUUAAGUGGUUAUAAAUGGAGUUUCAUUUACAGAAGAUCAUUGUCUAUCUUCUUAGAGGAUGACUCUUUAACAUUUAUAAACCUAAUAGCCCUUAAUUUCAUAAAAUCAUAUUUGUCAAGUUCUUUGAAAGUACUAAUUCAUCGUUUAAAAUGUUUGGUUUUCAAGUGUUUGUUUUCAUUCUGUUUAUCAUGUGUAAUACUUCUGUUAUUGUUAAAAUGUAGUUAAGUCAUUUAUAAUUAAAUCAUUAAGGAUAUUUUUACAAAUCUAGCAUCUGCCCAGAAAUAUACUCAUCAAAAGUAUAUUUAUACUUAUUAAAAAUAUUAGUUAAAUAUUCCAAUUACACAGUUUCAUUGACUUUAUUUCAAUUAUCAAAUUCAUAACAAACUAGCUUAAUGAGUACACAUUAUGUAUUUUCCUAUAGUGCAAUUUAGGGCACAACAAAUAUAGAUUUACUUUGUAAAUUAUGUGUGAUAUUGUUUCAUAAGUUAAUUACCAUUCCUAAAUGCCAUUUUUAAAAAAACAAAUGUAUAUAAAAUCAUAUCAUCACCUGCCACAGGUUUUUUUGGAACUAUUUCUAGCUUUCUAGAAAAGAAAGCCUUUUUAAAAAUAAAACUUAAUGUGUAAGUCACCUAUUGUGAUGAAACAAAUGACUGUAAAAUCCUAGUGGCACACCGCAAUAAAUAUGUCUCAAGUGUCUAUGGGUCAGUCACUUGGGGAUUGAGGCAUCUGUCCUGAGUUCUGCUGGAAAGCUCUGAUCAGGUUGCAGAUCCCACAGGGGUAGGCUCUUUAUUAUAUAUUGGGCUUUCAUCUCUUCCACUAGUGCUCAUUCAGGGGCCCAGGUUGAGAGGGAAGCAGCUACUCAGGGGAGUUUCUGUGGCAAUGGCAGAUUGAGAAAUGUUACACUGUGAUUGUCCACAUGCAUUAGCCAAAGUACAUCAAGUGGUCAAGCUCAGAGAAAAGAGGCAAGGAAGCACCCUCCCAGAAUGGGAGAACUUGCAAAGUUAAAUGGCAAAGGCCAUGGAUACAGGAGAGAAUGGAGAGUUGGGGCAAAUAAUUUACUGUAGCAUACAUACUAGUCAAACACGAGAAGGGUAUUCCAGAUCCUGAGUUCAGAGAAAUUUUUAUAGUAUUUGAUUCUUGGGAUUUGUAUAGUUGAUGACACCACACAAAAUGACAUCUCCCCAUCCUCACUCUUAAUGAUUAGACAAAGUUGGUAAAUAUAUAAGCAACAGCAGUGGCCCUUGACCCACUGCAGCCAGCCAACAUAAUGAUCCUAAGAAGUCUUUUGUAACUAGAACAGAUUUCUUAAUUCUAAUAAUCUUCACAGCUUCAUGGUCUGAAAAUUAGCUUAGAAAAUGUAUUUAUUUUAGAGGGACAGACAAGAUGUUGGGAUCAUUGUUCACAUACAAAAUGGAGAUAUAUAUUAUUUCCAUCUGAUACUAUUUUUUUAAACACUUAACUUUUUUUUAAGAUUUUAUUUAUUUAUUCAUGAGAGACACAGAGAGAGAGAGAGGCACAGACACAGGCAGAGGGAAAAGCAGGCUCCAGGCAGGGAGCCUGACGCAGGACUUGAUCCCAGAUCCCCAGGAUCAUGCUCUGGGCUGAAGGCGGCGCUAAACCGUGGAGCCACUAGGGCUGCCCUUAACUUUUAAUCUAUUAUAUGACACCUAACCCUUAAUUCUCCUGUGUUUCAUUCUCUAACUGUUAACUGUGCAGCACAUUUAGUAUUGAAGUCUCAAUCUGCUAGUGAAAAAGAAGAUAAAAUGAAACGUUUGUAUCAAUUUCAAACAAGUGAUGUACCAUAGAGAAUGAAUGAUUUAAACUAGAAUUAAAAUGAUUGAAGAAUGUUGUAGCAAUUAAGAUUUGAUUAAUGUCUAACUCUAGAAUUAAAAAUAAAGAGGACCACAAGGUAAUCCUAAAAAUGGAAGAAAUGAUAAAAAUGAUACUAAGUGCUGACAUUCAUAUAAUAAACCUAUAACACUCAUGUAGUAUAGCUAUAAUAGGCGCCAGGCAGUGCAGUAAGUGUUUAUGUAUAUUUACUCUUUUUAAUUCGCCCAACAGCCCUAUGUGAUAGGUAGCAUUAUUAUGUGCAUUUUAGAGAAGAGGAAUUCUGGCAAAGGAAUGUGCAAAGGUCACACCACCAGGACCUGGAAGACCUAGAUUUCACCCCCAGGAAUUUUAUCUUCCAGUCCACACCUAAUUAAUCUGCUACACUUCCUGUUCAUUAUACUGGUAAUUAUAAAAAUUUCACAAAUACCAUCUCUUGGCAGUUGUCAUUGAAGCUUUAUAUGCCCUUAACUACAAAUCUUUUAUCAUCGCAGUUAUGAGCAAGCUGGCUUCUUAGCCCCUGCAGAGCGG